AUGCUCGCGGUGCUUCAGCUGUUCGCCACGUACGCGCCUCGCUGCGGCCCUCGGCCGGCACUCCGUCCUCGCUCCUGCGCGUCGCUCGCAGCGGAGGCCGGCGCGCUCGACGCAGAGCUGCUCGCGUACUGGUCGGCACACGGCGCUGCUUGGCAGGCGCCGCUGCGGAAGCUGGACGUGCGCGCCGCGUGGAACUGCGGCGAGCUCGACGGCGUGCUCCCAUCGGGAAGGGCCUCGCGCGUCGCCGGCGGCGAGCGCCUGCUCACCCUCGCUCGCGCGCUGGAGCUCUUUGAGAGCGACGAGCUGCAGGUGCGCCGUCGCUUUCGGAGCAUGACGGCCGAGGACAUGGCGCCGCGAUGGUCGCGAGUCGUGGACGACCGCGCGGCGCUGCAGGCGAGCGGCCGCUGGGAGGAGGUGGUCGUCGAGUCGGACGCCGCCCGCCGGUUCGCAAGGGCGAGGCUGGAGGGGUCGGUGGAGGAGGCGGACGCGUCGCCCGCGCUGUCGCGUGCGGUGGUGACGGUGCUCUCGCCCGCCCUCAAGGCUGCCGCCAGACAGCGCGACAAGGCGGACGGCGGGCUCGAGCUCAGCUUAGCGAGGUUGAUGAGCGAUGCUGGUGUGGACCCAGCCGAGAGGUGGCUGACGGCCAAGCUGCUGGCAGAGAUCGACGCAGAGAUCGAUUCGUUGCCGGCGGCGAGGCCGGCCCCGCCGAGCUCGACCUUCGCGGCGGGAGAGGCGGAGCGCGAUGUGGGGCAGGCGGCGAGUAUGGGCGCGUUCGGCGUCGCCGCCGCGCUGGCGGUGCUGCUGCUGCAGAUGCUGGCCCGGAGCGGCGGCGGCGGCGGCGGGGCGCAGUCUGGACUAGAGGCCACACUCGACCUGAUGAGGUAG